ACGCGAUGCGAUCCGACCGAGUACAACGUGCAAUAUCGAUGUUGCACGCGUGAUUCGCGCGAAUCGCGUAGGUCGAUAAAGUUGCUUAAGCGAUUUGCAAAAAGCUGAUUGCUCGCUCCCGUAGAAAUUCCGCGGAUUAGUCCCUCGCGUUUCUCCAACAUGCCGGACGGAUUUUCGACCGGAUACAUCCGUCUCUUGACAGCAACAUCGAAUUGUGUUUGAUCGUUUUCGAUCGGCGCGCUUCACGAUAUGUUCGACAAUAUUUUGCGCAAAAAUUGUAUCGAGGCAACGAGUGUUGUUACACCGUCGCUACCGGAAGUCUGUAUGAAUAUUCAACCGGCACGCGAAUUUCACGUCGCGUGCUCGUAGCAGGCGCGGAUCCGCGCGGACGUUCUUCGGAGUUCUCUUUUUUUUUUUUUCAGGACGAAUUUUGUCUAAAUGACAAAGCGAAAAGUGCAGAAAGAUAUUGAGAAAGAAAAGUGUGAAGAGUAUCUGGAAGAGAUAUGUCGUACGAUUCGAAUACUUCGCUACCGUCGUUGUCAUCUUCAGUGCAGACAUCGGACGACACGAGAAACGAGUAUCUCGCCAGAUGGGAAAUUGCAAUUUUAACCAGCAUAUUUCUCGUCACGCUCAUCGGCAACGCUCUGAUCCUGUUUGCCCUUUAUGCCAAACGACGUUAUCAGCGACGAAAAUUCACCAGAAUGAAUUUCUUCAUUCUACAUUUGAGCGUCGCCGAUCUAUUGACAGGUUUGCUCGAUGUUUUACCGCAACUUGCUUGGGAUAUAACAUUCAGGUUUCAGGGCGGAGCGAUGCUCUGUAAACUAAUCAAAUUCGGACAGCCGUUCGGUCUGUAUCUCAGUUCCUAUGUCCUGACGGUCACCGCGAUAGACAGGUAUUACGCCAUUUGCCAUCCAUUUAGUUACUGCAGCAUCGCGUCUAGAAGACCGAAAAUGAUGGUGUACGGCGCAUGGAUGCUCGCCGCAAUACUGUGUAUACCGCAGGUUUUUAUAUUCUCAUAUGAGGAAAUAUCGCCAGACAUUUGGGAAUGUUGGGCCACUUUUAACUUGAAAUAUGGCGAGAGAGCCUAUGUCACUUGGUACAGUAUCGUGCAGUUUCUGUUACCCUUCAUAGUACUUGUAUACACGUACACAAAGAUAUGUAUAGCAAUCUGGACGAGCAAUAAGAUGUCAGGAGUUGUUGAUUUCAAAAAGAAUAAAAAAGCCAAUUUCUCACAGCAAAAUCGUGGUCCCUUCAUCUCUAAAGCCAUGCUCAAUACCGUAAAACAGACGAUCAUUGUCAUUACUUUGUAUAUUGUUACCAGUACCCCAUUUAUCGGAUCUGAACUCUGGGCAACGUGGGAUCCUAAAGCUUCCACUUUGCCAUUUUUUACUGGAGCUGCUUUCACCAUUCUAUGUCUGUUAAAUAGUCUUACAAGUUGCGUCAACCCUUGGAUUUACUUUGCUUUCAACAAAGAUUUACGUACAGCAUUGACAAUCUUUUUCUACAAAAAGAAAGACAAUUCGUUGAAUGAUGAUAUAGAUGCCCGUCAAAAUGCGUCGAAUAUACCCUCAACGAGGUCGUCGUUUAUUUCUAGAUUUUCGCGACUUGCGAGUUCAAAGAUAUUCGGGUGAGGAAGAAACGAAACAAAGUUUGCAUUUUGAGGACUGCUUUGAAUAUAAAGAAUAUAUUGUGAAUAUAUAGUUUUUUUGUGCAUACAUACAUCUGCAGGAUGUAUAUAAAUGCGUUUCGCGAUGCAACAAUGUCGCGCAGUAUGCGACUUUUAAAUAAGAAUUUUUUAAUAAAACUAAAUUAUUUGUUAAAAAAAAG